AGUGACGUUACAAAUAUUCAGUUAUUCAGCGUACGCGUACGUGUUCGGUUCGUCCAUUGUAUACGCGGAAAAUUUUAUUUGGUGCGAUAAUAUAUAAAAGCGAAGUUGAUUUUGCUGCAUUUUUGCAGUGCAGUGCAAAUAAACCGUUGGAAAAUGUAAAUCUGUCGUGACUUUCUUUUCAAAGCAAUUAAAUGAAAAUAAUAGAUUUGUCUAGCCGACACGGAAAAGCAUAGAAACCGUAUUAUUUGAGCGUAGAAUCAGCACCCUUCAAAGUAGCCCAUAUGGUAGCGGCGCAGCUAAAGCCGUCAGAGCGUCAGCGUGAAUAGCCACAUUCGCACAUUUUCCAACACUUUACGGUGAACAGGUGCACACCGACACACGCACUCACCCACUCGCAGCGGUGAAACUACUUUACUCACAACAACGCUAUGAAGUCCACCUUGAUUUGGUUAUUGCUGGCCGGUGUUGGCGCCGUACUGCUGUUGGGCGACACUGUCGACGCCUGGAAUCGACAGUUCUUCAAUCGCUACUCUCGCAGCUGGCUGCGCAACAACGCUGAUGGGCCGAUUGGUGGUGGCGGUGUAGCCGGCCUGGGCGGAAGUGCCGGCAAUGCGCAGCAAAUUGACGACUUUAAUGCACUCUUCGGCCUCGGCAACGAUAUGAGCUUGCAUGGCAAUGGCGGCAGUGUGACCACCAAUGGCGGCGGCGUGGGCGGCAAUAGAGGUGCUGGUGGCGGCGUCAGUGGUGGUAGUGCAGGUGUUGGUUACGCCACCUACGGCGCGGGCUAUGAUGUGGACACAGGUGGUUUUGGUGGUCAACAACAGCAGACGGAGAUAUAUGGCAUCGUGGAACCGUUAAUAGAGGAUACGCCGUGCGUGGAUCGCGCUUGUCAGGUCAAUGAUGAUUGCUGUCCCACAGGUGUCUGCGUCAAUACCUAUGGUGAAGGUAAAUGCAUUUACGUUUAUGGACGUAAACGCGAUCUCUGUCAUCGCAAUACGGACUGCGAGCUCGGCAUGUCAUGCCGGAAGAGCGCAGCUGGUAAUCUGAUGUGUCAGGCGAGUGCAUCUACGGCUCAUCUAUUGAAUGCGGUUGGCGGUGGCGUUGGCGCUGCUGGUGUUAGUGUUGGUGAUGGUGGCAGCCUCGUCGCCGGUGGUGCCAGUAAUAACGCUGUUGGCUUCAAUGUUGGCGCAAAUAUGGCAACAGCUCCCAAGUUGACGUUGAACGCGAAGCAAUUUGGCGAGGAUUGUAUAUCGUCGAGUGAUUGUAAUGUGAGCAAGGGUUUAUGCUGUCAACUACAACGCACCCACCAUCGCAUACGUCCACGCAAACUAUGCGCUUACUUCCGGGAUCCUUUCAUGUGCAUCGACAUUAUGCCAGCCGACGAUGAGGAAGUACGCGACUCACGCUUCCUAUCCGCUUUCAGUCAACGACGCAUGUAAUGAGGCGGCAUAAAUUGAAGAGGAAGGAGGAGGAGUAAGUUGAAGAGGAAGCAAGAGGAGUUAGUAGAAGAGGAAACAGGAGGAGUAAGUUGAAGAACAAGCACAAGGAGAAAGAAGGAAAACGCUAGAAAGCAAGGAAAAAGGAGGGAAGAAGGCGAAAGGAGGAAGACAGUUAAAGGAAGUAGAUGGAAGGAAAAAGAAACGAGUGGAGUAUGUAACACACAUGCAUAUGAAAACACUUACACACAUGUAUACACAUACAAACAGUUAGAGUGGAGUUACCGAGAAAAUCAUAUACACGUACGCACACCCACACAUCAAUAUAUAUGUACUUUCAGUCAGCGCAUGUGAAAAUCAAGCAGGACACACUCGAGCCGGCGCGAUAUGCAAUGUAAACAGAGGCAAUGAAGAAAACAAUCAUAUUGAACUACGAUUUUGAGAAGAAAACCAAAAAUAAAAACAAAAAUUACAAAGAAACCCCAAAAAAGUUUUAAGAUCACAACAACAUAUCAAGCAAAGUUAAACUUAAAGUCUAAGAAACAAAUAAUUUAAAAAUAAAAAUAAAAAAAU